AGCCCCGUCGCAAUAACACUCGUCGCCAACAGGAUUUAACCCCGAAGAGGGUCCCGAAGAGCCCACUGUGCCAGGAAUACUGGAGGAGGCCGCAGAGGUCAGUCAAGGAAGCUCAGUCUCCACACCACUCGAGUGUCACGUCAGAAUGCUUUCGAUGCUGCUGCUGCUGCUGGUCGGGGCGAUGACCGCCGUCACCGCCGCCCCCCACCACGCCCCACGCGUCCCUGGACAUGCCCUCCGAGUUCCCCAGCACGUCCCCAGACACGUGCCCCGUCAUGCCCACCGGUACGUUCCCCCACACGCCUCCGAGCGCGCCCCCUGGCACGUCACCCGACACGCCCCUCAGCACGCCCCCCGAGCCUCCCUGGAGGACGUCCGCUUCCUACUGUGGACCAGUAAUAAUGCAGGCGAUGGCGAGUACCAGACGCUGAAGAUAGGAGAUCUCAACAGCCUGGGUCACUUCAACGGCAACAACCCAACCGUGGUGGUGGUGCACGGCUUCUCGAACCACGGCUACGAGGGCUGGCCGGUGGAGGCCAAGACAGAGCUGCUGAAGCUGGGCUCGUACAACGUGAUCUCGGUGGAGUGGGGCAAGCUGGCCGUGGCGCCCUGGUACCCGUCAGCCGUGAAGCACGUGCCGCAGGUCGGCAACCUCACCGCACGCUUGCUAGACUGGCUGCACGAAGCGGCGGGGAUGCAGGCGGCGGGAGUGCAGGUCGCGGGACACUCCCUCGGGGCUCACGUGGCGGGCGCCGUUGGACAAAACCUCAAAAACUUCCGCCUUCCUUUCAUCACAGGCAUGGACCCAGCUGGUCCCUGGUUCUACGACAACCCGGAAUCGUCUCGCCUUGACAAGACAGAUGCAGACUUCGUGCAGGUCAUCCACACCAACGGCGGCAGCAUGCUGGCGGGCUGCGUGGGGCUCAAGGACAAGAUUGGUCACGUGGACUUCUUCCCCAACGGCGGUAAGCACCAGCCGGGCUGCACCAUCGGAGGCAGCUGGAUGGAUCUGCUGACAGGCGGGUGCAGUCACGGCAAGUCACACAUGUACUGGAUAGAAAGCAUCAACGGCACGCCCGCCUUCGUGUCUCGCCCCUGCAAUGACUGGGCCACCUACACGAAGGGCGUCUGCAAUUCUUGUGGCCAGGGGUGCCUCAACAUGGGCUUCCAUGUGGACCGCAGCCUGGAGGGCACCUACUUCCUCAACACCAACAGGCACCAGCCAUUCGCCAUAGGUGCCGUUCCCUCCCCACACUAUGAACCUCACUAUGGAGCUUAAAGGUGAAGUUAUGAGUGACUGACGCGCUGCUGCACUUGGCGGAGAAAGUGGAGAACACGGACACGGUGAGGCGCGGCGGCGGUAUUGAGAGGAGGGCGUGCUGAGCUCUUCCACUGGUUAACGGGAAGAGUGAAAGUACAAAUAGUGAAGCCUUCCCCAAACCGUCCCACUCCAGCACCAAGUAACUGACCAACCCACCCACGAGACGACGACGAAACCAAUGUGGCGGCAAGUUUUAUUGUUAGUAUAAAUGUGACAUGGUUUAAUUUCUGACGGGGGCAACUCGAGGCCAAUACAAAAACUCGAAAGGAAGAUAAAUAAAUAAUAAAAAUAGAUAAAUAAAUAAUAAAAAAAAAAA